AUGCACGUCGAGACGGCGUCUUCGAAGGUUCAUGCUGACCAAAAUGCGUCAUCGUUGCCCAUUGAAGCGACUCGACGCCUUUCCAGUCCGAUGAUCGUCGGCCUGCAUGGCGGAGGAGUAAUGAUCAGCUCUCGAGAGCAAUCAAACCGCAUCAAAGCUGCGAGUAGUUUGUUUCCCGACGAGGAGCAUUCGUACGAGCCCCGAAGACACGUUCGCUUCGCCGCUCUCAGUCGAAAUGCGCUGCCGUAUGCUGAACCUGUUUGUCGCCAACGAAAACCAAGAAAAUCUCCUCCGAAACGCAAGAUUGUACCACCUCCGCAGCCAGAUUCUACUAAGGUUAACUUUCCUAUUUCUCCAACAGUCCAAGCGCUACGAAAGAAGAACGUCCGUAAGUCACCGAAGAAGACAAAUGAAGAGAGAGCCAAGUACCAAACUGUUGUGCGUGAAGCAUACAGUGAAGAUCCGGAUGCGCGCGAAUUAUGGGGAUUUUCCAUGCGGUACUCCCCGAAGAAGCAAUUAGAAGCUCAAUGGCGCGCGACCGAAGAGCACAAGCAGCGAGCUUUACUCGAGAAACAGGAAGAAGUUACGCGUCAGAAUGAAGUCGCUCUUCGAACCGAGAAAGCUGCGAUUUCCGGGGAAGUUGACUACGCAGAGUACUUAUAUCUGGCCAGCUUGUACGGCCCGCUCGACGCUUUACUCUACUGCUGCUGCCCUCCUGGAACUCAUGGUCGUAUCUAUCGACUGCUCGUGGACGUUAGCGCUCGUCGACUGCAACGUUGGGCUCCUAAACGAGUGGCCGCGUUGCGACAAUAUUGGAUUGCUUAUUUGGCUCGUGAAGUGAGCUCGAACAGUGUUGCAGAAGGUCUGGAGUCGAUAGUACACAGCUUCCACCAGCAACGCCAAGCCACCGCGUUGUUCCAGCGUCUUCAGCUGCUUCGUGUAGCAAUCGCCCUCCACGCCUGGCGUCGUUACACUGUGCGAAUGUAUCAUCUUCGUGAGAAAAUGCGUUUAGCCUUGGCGAAAGACCUCGAAACACGCUUCUAUCAAUGGCGAGAGAACGUGGAGGCGCAAAAAUUAUUCCGAAGACAACUCAAGCACAUUGCGCGACGGAAGAUGCAUUCGAACAGUGGCAAGUCUGGCGUACUCAGCACGAAAAAAUACGUUGCCACCUCGUACAGCAGUGACUCAAGAUGA